AUGGCAAGUAAUCCAGAAUUUCGAAGAGUGGUGAAUUAUACGGAUCUUGAAGCAUUACUUGAAUGUCCAUUAUGUCUCGAUCGAUUCGAUCAACCUCGUUUAAUUCCAUGUGGUCAUACUUAUUGUACAAAAUGUUUAAAUGAAUUAUGUGCUGGUAGUGACACAAUUAUUUGUCCACAAUGUCGGCAAAAUCAUGAUGUACCUACAGCUGGUGUAACUUUAUUUCCUCGAAAUUUAUCAUAUCAACAAUUACUUGAUAUUAGAACAGAACAAUUGGUUUCUACUCGACAGUGUCAGGCCUGUGAUAAAAAACAUGCAUUUUCUGAUUGUCUUCAUUGUCAUAAAGCUGUAUGUCUUGAUUGUAAAAAAUUGCAUCGACAAGAAUUAGCAAUAGUUACUGGUACUCUUCUUAGUGAUUUAGAAAAAUCCACUGAUCUAUGCAAAGAUGCACUUAAUAUGGAAGUGACAACAUUUCUUACAUAUUGUGAUACGGUUAAAAAACAAAUUUCAACAUGUGCAAAAGAAUUAAUUGAUUUAAUAAAACAACAAGAAAAAGAAUUAAAAAAUGAUUUAAAUAAAAUGAUUGCACAACAAUUAGAAGCAUCAAAAAAAGUUUUAACACAAUUUGAAAAAAAUAAAGAAGAAAUUGAUCAUUUUGUUCGAUUAUCAAAACAGAAAAUUGAACGAAAUGAAUCUAUUCUUGAUGAAAAAUAUAUUGAAAUUCAAAAUACUGCAACGAAACAUUUAACAACUCUACAAAAUGUUGUUACUACUUUAAAAAUUAAAAGAAAAGAUAUUUCUUUUACACCAAUUCGUCAUCGACAAGAUUAUUUUGGUGAAUUAAGUCUAACAUCAUCAGUAUCUUCAUUGGAUCAGUAUGUCUCAUUGCCAAUGUCAAUCGAUGAUAAUAAUAAUCGACAACAAUUACUACCUCCAACAGGAGUUCGUCAAGUUGGACAAUGGGGAAAUGGUUCGCUUGAAUUUUGGUGUCCAAGUGGUUUGGCAAUAACACGUAAUAAUGAACAUCUUAUUGUUGUUGAUAGUUGGAACCAUCGAUUACAGAUGUUGACAAUCGAUGGUCAACAUAUUCGUUCAACUUCUGGUAGAAAAGGACGUGGAUUUGAAGAACUUAAUAAUCCACGUGAUGUGUGUAUAAAUAAAAGUAAUCAAUGGAUAAUAGUAUCCGAUUCUGGUAAUCAUCGAUUAGUUGUAUAUGAUAUAAAUAAUUUUCAAGUUCAACGUUUAAUUGGUGGACAAGAUUCACAAAUUAAUUUACAUUUUCCUUUUGGAAUAUGUUGUGAUGAUGAUGAUUUAUUAUAUGUAUGUGAUCGUGGAAAUAAUCGCAUUGUUGUUAUACGUUUUAAUGAUGGAAUGUUAAUUCGUCAAUGGGGACGAAAAGGAACUCAACAAGGUGAAUUUGAUGCUCCAGAUUUUAUUUGUUGUCGACAAAAUAUAUUAGCUGUGUCAGAUUUUAAUAAUCAUCGAAUACAAGUUUUUACAUUAAAUGGACAAUUUCUUUUUACUUUUGGAAAAUUAGGAAGCGGUGAUACGGGAGAAUUUCGAUAUCCAAGAGGAGUUGCUAUUGAUGAUGAAGGAUUUUUCAUGGUAGCUGAUUGGGUGAAUAAUCGUCUACAAUUAUUUACACCAACUGGAGAACUUUCAGCGAUUGUUAGUGAUAAAAAUUCUGAAUCAUCAAAUGAUGAUCUUGCUCUAUUAAAAGUUGAAUUUGAUCGUCCAAUUGGUUUAACUGUUUCAAGUCAGGGUGUUGUUUAUGUUACAGAAUGGGGUAGAUCACAUCGAAUUAUUAUAUAUUAA